AUGUUGAUUGGAUCGGCAAUCGGUAGCGAGUUUACCCAACUACCGAGUGCCCCGUGGAGCAUGGAACCUCCCAGGGCUCCCCUACCCGGCCAAGGAUCCCUGCCGCCCCCGCCACCCUCGCUGCAGCUCUCGCCAACCGUCGGCCUGUCCCCCAACCUGCCGUCGCCCGGUGCGGUGCAACCGACGGCGAAUCUGUUCGGGGCCGCGGCAGCUGCCGCCGCAGCUGGGGCGGCCGGUUCGGCCAACGCCCAUGCCCUGGCCGGCCUCGUCUCGCAGCAUCGGCUCCUGGAGCUGUCCCGCUUCGGUCUGCGCGGUUACGACCUCGCGCAACAUAUGCUCACCCAGCAGGGUGCCGUAUCGAAGCUGUUGGGUACUCUACGGCCACCGGGACUGAUCGGUGGAUCGAAACCGAAAGUCGCCACACCGGCCGUCGUGUCGAAGAUCGAGCAGUACAAACGGGAAAACCCGACCAUCUUUGCGUGGGAAAUCAGAGAGCGUCUCAUCUCGGAGGGUGUCUGCACCAACGCGACCGCACCGUCGGUAUCGUCCAUCAACCGGAUUCUGCGUAAUCGGGCGGCUGAACGAGCGGCGGCCGAGUUUGCGAGAGCCGCCGGCUACGGGCUCUACCCUCCGCCCCCGUACGGAGGGUUCCCCUGGCCCACCCCCACCCACCUGUGGUCCCCUGGACAGGGUCUACAGAACAUGGGCGGCCAGAAUGCGGGCGGAAGCACCACACCCGGUACGAUCGGAUCGCCCGGAUCUGGAUCACACGAAACGCUUGGAUCUCCCGAUGGCAAUCGAUUGAUAGAUAUUGAGGGUGAGGACUCCAACAGUUUGGACGGAGAUCAACCAAAGUUUAGACGUAACCGCACCACGUUCAGCCCGGAACAGCUGGAGGAACUGGAGAAGGAGUUCGACAAAUCGCACUACCCUUGCGUCAGCACCCGCGAGCGUCUCGCGUCCCGCACCUCGCUCAGUGAAGCCCGCGUCCAGGUUUGGUUUUCCAACAGACGGGCGAAAUGGCGACGUCACCAGAGAAUGAAUCUUUUAAAAAGGUCCAGCUCGCCGAGCACCCGGGCGGCGGCGGCGGCAAGUUCCGCUUUCACCCCUGGCUCCCCGCCGCCGCCGCAGCAGCAGCCGCCGCCAGCAGGAUCGCAGCCGCCAGCAGGAUCGCAGCCGCCAACGGCGGCGGUGGCGGCGGCGGGUUCUCAACAGCAGCCGCCGGCGGGAGUCCGUUCGCCCGGUUCGCCCGGAGCACCGGGAGCCCACCACCACCCCGCUCUCCAUCUCCAGCCCAGCCCGCACCACCACCACCACCACCACCACUCCGUGCUGCACCAUCACCCGCAUCAUGCGCUGCACCCGGUCUUUGCUCACCAACCGCCGCCGCCGCCGCCACCGCCCGGGCCAAUGCCGCCCGGGCACCACCACCACCACCACCACCCGCAUCCGCACUCGCAUCACCCGGGGGCGGCCGCCCUGGGAGCCCAGGCGGCGGCGGCAGUGGCGGCGGCCCAAGCGGCAUCAUUAGUCACAGCAUCAACUCCAUUAUUAAUGGGCGGUGAGCAUAGCGCCUUCCGGUCGCUCGUCCCCACCUCGGCGGCCGCCCUCUUCGCUGGCCUGUCCCGCUCCUACGCCACGGCGACGACCACCACGACGGUGUCCCCGAAUCCGGACUCGCUCCCCGGAAGCCCGGCCGGACCCGGGACGAGUGACGAUUCGGACGAGGAGAUCAACGUCCACGACGAUGACGACGACGAUGAAUCGAACGAUUCCGGGGCGGCGGCCACGAACCACCGGCAACGGAACGGCGGCCGCAGUCGCCACCGUCGACGCCGGCACUCCAGCAGCGGCCCACCGUCCCCUUCCGGAUCCGGGCCGCUUCAGCUCACCAAACACGAACGGAGCAGUCAGUGA